AAUUUAGAUUAUUGUUUAAAAAUUAUUGUUGUUUAACUGUCUUUAAGAUACUCAUCCGUGAAAAAAUAAAAAUGUGUUUUUUAUAAUGGGAAAUUCAUCCGGAAGACUCUCGGAUGUAAACUUACUAAUUGAGGCUCAAAAUUUUUACGAUCUGAUUCAAGAGUUUAACUUCAUUCCUCAGUUGUUUCAGAAAACAAUCGCAAAAGAAGCACUUCGUCGUUAUGAAAGUUUAUGGCUUCCAUUGGUGGCUGAAUAUCUUGAAAUCCGUCUCAUUGCGCCCCUAGAUAUCGAGUUAAUAUGGAUUGUUCAUAUGCACAAUCCAGACGCUUAUUUAGAAGACUGUAUGCGAUUAUAUGGAACUCUACUAAACCACACCAUUGGUACUUUUGAAGAGCGCCGUGAAAAUACGACAGCAGAAUAUUUAUGGAAGAAAAAGUACCCAAACGAGCCUUUUGCAUUUACAACAACACCUCGGAAAGUUCCUUUUAUAUCAAAAUUAUCCAGUAACAUAAUAAAAGCUUUGGAUGAGUUUCGGAUUUUCUGUCGGCAAGUUGCAUUGCCACAUUUUAAAGACGAAAAAUUUUUGAGCACAGCAAUAAACGAGUACCUACACAAUGCUCAGUUUGAUGACUAUUUUAAGAUAGCCUACCCUUACAACAGAGCUUUUAUCUGGAAAUCUCAUAUGGUAAACCCACAAGCAUAUCAAAAUGACAUUGCUUAUCUAGAAGAAAUAAUAGACUAUUCAAAAAUGGAUCAACUAAAUUCGCGUUGUUCUUCAAAUCAAGGUGCCAUGUUUAGAGGCAGUGUUGCACCUUUGAAGCAAGAUGAAACAUCCAUAGGCGAUAUUUUAAAAGUAGAUAAAAUUUAUAUGUUUUCUAUUACAGGAAUUCAAAUUAACAAUCUUGAGAAAAGUGCACUUUACGAACUUUCUAUAAAAUCAAAAAAUGAAAACGGUAAUGAAGAAAACUUGACUUCAAUAAGAUUUCGAAGCAAAGGAGAUGUACUAACAAGAACAUAUAAAAAUGUAAAACGCAUUAACACAAUUCAAUUUAACACCCAAAAUAGUCAUGUUCUUAAAAUACAAAUCAUGAAAUUGGAUAACACAAAUGAAUUGCAACAAAUUUCAACAUUAAAUUCGCAAGGCAGAUAUUUUAGUGAAGAGUUUUUCUUUCCUAAUAACAAAAACCUAAAGCAGGGUGAUAAAUGUGUCAUUUCUUAUGAUUUGAAACCACCAUCAACUGAUAAAAGUAUUAAAAAUAGUGCGAAACGUCUGGAUAACAGUAAUGAAAUAAUUGACGCAACUUCGUGUUCAAACGAAACUAGCAACAACACAAGCAAUUUUUUUACAAAUCAAAAUAAACUUGGUAAUAAUAUAAUGGAUGUAAAUCCAUGUUCAAAUGAACCUAGUAAUGAUACAACCAACUCCGCUACAACCGCAAAUGAAACAGGUAAUACUGUCAAGCAUAAAAACAUUUUUACCCAUCCGAGACAAAAUAGUAAUAUAAAUGAUUCUUUAAACAAGCCAAAUAAAUUCGAAAAUGAUUUAAAAAAUUCUCAUAACACAUAUAGUUUGAAAAAGGUCAAAUCGUCUUAUAAAGAAAACAAUAACACGUAUCCAAUGAUAAAAAGCAAAGCAAAUCCGAACUUCACUAGCAAUACAUAUACAAAGGCAAUCAGCAAUGCAUAUCCAAAGAAAACAAGUGAUGUGCUGAAUAAUUUCACUUUAUUCCAAAAUAUGAUAAACGAUAAGUUAAUGGAGGGUAGUAAAGAAAAUAAUUUACUGAGCUACCCAACUAACUUAAGCUCAGCUCAUAUGCAGUUAAAAAGUGAUACAAGUGAGAUAAAUAACGGUAUUAAAAGUAAGAUAAAUAACGAUAUUAAAAGUGAGAUAAAUAACGAAAUUAAAAGUGAGAUAAAUAACGAAAUUAAAAGUGAGAUAAAUAACGAUAUUAAAAGUGAGAUAAAUAAAGUUAUUAAAAGUAAAAACUCCAGUUUUUGCUUGGAUAAAACUUAUAAUAGUGAAUGUAAUAACAAUCCGGUAGAGCGAAACAACAAUCUAGAAGAACCCAAUACUGUUGCUGUUACUGAAGAUCUCGGAGAAUCUAGUAAUGCUAUUGCGAACAAAAAUCUAAAAGAGUUUACAACUGUUUCAGUUAAUGUAAACGAAUGUAAUAACGUUGAACUCAACAACAACUUAGAAGAAUCUGGUAAUGUUGUUAAUAAAUUUUGUAGUAUUAUAAUAGAAGAUAAUGACGCAAUAAAAACACAAAAAGAUUUUAAUAAUUCUUUAAUAAAUAAAAAUAUUUAUGCAGGUGACAGCAACAUUCAAAGUAAUAACGAACUGAAUAAAACUUGCAAUUUUCCAACUAACAAUAUUGAAAAUAACGAAAUUAGUAGUCUUGAAAAUAGCGAUUUAAAUCAGCGUCAGGUUUUUAGUGGAACAUUAAGUUUAAUAUGCUUUGAAGUGAUUAGCUUAACAUCAACAUUUUGUUUAAAUAAAGAAGGUGAAAUUUGUUUUCAUAAGCAUUACGGAGAAGUCUUGAAGCAGCCACGUGUACUUGCGCCCAACGCUACAAAACUGGAUGAAGCACCAUGUAAAUAUAUUGAUUUAGCAUUGGUAAAAGCUACUACAUCAAAAAAAGUUUUAAAAUGCAGAUGGUUAUUUUCAGAAGAACUUUCAAAGAAAGAUGGUUUCUCAGAAGAACAGUUUUCAUCAGUGGAGCUAUUUGACUUAAACGAAGCUAUAUUUGCUUCAUCUGCUACAAUAGGAAAAGAAUCGUUACCAAAUCUAAACCAGGUUUCCCAUCCUCGUCACUGUUGCGUGUUAAUGGAUAUUCCUGAAAUAACGUAUAUAGUUCGAGGAACAAACUGUGACUCUGGGUUACUUCAAGUGACUAAAAAUGAAUCAGAAAAAGUAGUACUUGUGCAGUUUAUGAAUUUGCGAAAACUAACAAAAGUCUGGGAACUACUUUAUGACUAUCGAGAUAAAAGCCACAUAAUCUAUUGUAAGUCCUUAAAAGUUACUGUUAAUAUAAACGAAAUAUCUGUAUUGAUAACUCAUCCACAAGUUGACAUUAGUAGCAGCAUCUCACUGGCAACCCUUUUGCUCUACAUAUUUUGCAAGUCAACAUUCCUGAAUGAUAUAUCAUGAGCUUUAUAAGAUUAAGAAUUUUUUCAUCA